GGACAACUCUUUCUGGGUCUUGAUCUAGGGCAUUUACACCAUAUGCUAUUUCAGGUAACUCUACCUGAUCUUCUGUUCUGGAUAAAAUGUCUGGUAUCACAUUCUAUUCCCCUGGAAUAUGAGAUAUCGUACUUCUGCAGGUGCAGCAUCCACCGUGAGAACUUCCCAUGUGGGUCUCUGGAGGUUCUCAGACACUGCAACGGCUUAUAAUCAGUCUCUACGUGGAGGCGCUGAUCAAGUGAAUAGGGUCUCCAUUUGCCUAACGCCCACACAGUCGCCAAACAUUUCUUCUCUGUUACUGAACACUUCUGUUCAGUGUGCGUUAAAACACGGCUUGCGUAUUCGACAACCCCAUUACCCUGUCGGAAUACUGCGCCUAUUCUGUAGUUGCUGGCAUCCAUACAGACACUGUGAACGGUUUUCCCGGCACAGGUAGUUGUAACAUCAUUCUCUGGUGAUCCAUAGGAUGUCUCAUGCGGCCGAAUACCUUCUGCGAG